GGAGGGGGUAAACACCAGGGCUUUUUUCUUCUUUUUAUUUCUUUUCAUGCCCCACCUUCCUCCUGCGGUGCGUGCUGAAAUUUUAUUUUUGUCGCGAGAAGGGUCCAGCUGUCCCUUUCACUCGUCAACGGUGCUAACGUCGAAGUCUGGUACUCACGAGAGCUUGUUAGCUAUAUUUUGCUUUCACCCGCACAUUUCGUAAAUUUUUCACCCCACGGGGAUUCGAACUCACGACCUCUGCGACUAGCGGAUUACGAGGAUACCACUAGACCACCGGUGUAGGCUGGGGAGAACAGCAGUCAUCGGGAUUCUAAUUCCUCAAGCAGUCCCUGCGAGGCGGCGGUGACGUCUGCAAACUGAAGAUGCGGCGCGAUUCCUGCUGGAAGUUUGACGGUUUCAGUUUGACGCAUCGCCGACGUUGGUUGCUCGUGCCCUGCCUCCGUUCAUUUACAGCUUCUUGAUGCGGACAGCUUCACGGGCUUGGGCGAACACACCCGGGUGGGCAGCCCACUUUUCAUGGCUCCAGAAAUAUUGCUACGGGAGGAAUAUGGGCCGCAAGUGGACGUUUGGUCGCUUGGUGGAGCGGUUCUCGAGAUGGCGACGGGCCAGCCGCCAUGGCACACGCUCAACCUCCGGACGCCGGUGGCCCUGAUCAACUGGGUGAAGCGGACGGAGGGGCCGCCGCCGCUGCCGGACUCGCUGUCGCAGCCACUCACCAAGUUCCUGCUGCGGUGCUUCGAGAGGGACCCCAGCAAACGGGCCACGGCGAAAGAGCUCCUCUCGGACCCGUUCGUGGCCAAGCGGCGCGGGGAGCGAGUGCUCGCGCCCAGGGGUUCGACCGUGAGCGACGCGGACAGCGUGGUGAGCGACAUUGACACCCUGAGUCGCACAGCCGCCAUCGCCAGGAUCCGCCGCGCCUCCAUCUCGGACUACUCGCGGCCGAACUCGGACCAGUCGACGCGCUCGGCGCCAUCGCUGCGUACGCCGGGCUUAGCCAUGGGUCCGCAGCCGGCCGGGGGAGCCGGGGGAGCCGGGGGGGGCGGUGGGGGCGGCGGUGGUGGUGGUGGUGGUGGCGAUAUUUUGCCGGACCUGGCCAAGCAGGUUGCAGCCAAGCUGGAGGAUGGCUCCGCGGUGGGAGACGGAGGCACGCCCCCGAGACGACCGGUAUCGCUACAUUCCGGGCUGUCGCCCAAACUGCGGGUGGAGACGGCUGGCCUGGAGCCGCCCGCCUCCUCUUCUGCUGCGCCUCGGAUAACCACUCCCCCCCCGACCCGACGCUUGUCUUCGGGCCGGAACUCUCCGGGAACUCCGAACCCUUUCGGCGGUAGACGGCGGAGCCUCGACACCAGCCCCGAUGGCGCACGCAGCAGCCCCAGGGCCAGCGGUGUUUCGCCGGCAGCAUUGGGAUCUUCUGUCGUGCCCCAAGACGGCGACCAAAAUGGCGGUCGGGGUAGGUCGGAGCGCGCACCCGCUGCCGCUAGAACGGCAUCGGCCUUGGUCUCGGCGACGAUAGCUGCGGCAGUUGGUAGCGUGGGGAAGGAUGGUGGCGAUCACGUGACCGCUACGCACGCUGUGAAGCGAAGUAGUAGUGACCGCAGCUGCGGUGCGGUGGGGGGCAGCAACAGCUGCAGCAGCACCAGCAGCACCAGCAGCACCAGCCAAGGAGAUGAAAAGGCGGGUGGUGGUGGUGGUGGUGGUGGGGACCCAGCUGCGCUUCUCGCAGCAAAUUCUUCGCCCGACGAUGAUGUGUCAACAAAGGUCGUGGGGGGGGCGGGUGGCGGGGAUCCAGCUGAGCUCCCACGUGCAGAUCCUUCGCCCGACGAUGCGCCAAGAAAGGUCGCAGGCGGGAUAGCACUACCAGCAGCAGACGCUGCAGGCGAAGUGAGGUAUCCCGUCAAGAAAACGAGGUCGGGGCGAGGUGGGCGACCGUAG